AUGAGGGCGACCUUCCAGAUGAGCGACUUGGGCCCUCUAUCCUUCUACCUGGGGAUCGAGGUCCACCAGGACAGCUCCGGCACCUCUCUCCGUCAGACAGCCUACACCAAGUGCAUUGUGGAGGUGGGCGGUCUCACUGGCUGCAACCCAGCCCACACUACUAUGGAGGAGAGGCUAAGUCGGGAGAGUACAGAGGAAGAGGUGGAUGUGACGCAGUACCAGCGCAUUGUGGGCAGCCUUCGCUACCUUGUCCACACGCGACCUUACUUGGCGUUCGCCGUCGGCUACGUCAGCCGGUUCAUGCAGCGACCAACGAUGGAGCACCAGCAGGCCGUGAAGAGGAUCUUCCGCUACGUCGUAGGCACCGUUCGACUAUGGUUUGCACUAUCUGAGGUGUCCUGGUGUGGCACAUUUCAUCAGGCUCUAUGGCUGGCUCGACUGCUCGGCGAUCUCCUUGGCAGAGACGCAGAGGCAGUGGAGCUCAGGGUGGACAGCAAGUCUGCCUUGGCCUUGGCAAAGAAUCCAGUCUUCCAUGAGCGCAGCAAGCACAUCCGGAUGAGGCACCACUUCAUCAUGAGCUGCUUGGAGGAAGGGAGCGUUCGGGCCAACUACAUUAACACCCAAGACCAGCUCGCCGACUUCCUGACCAAGUCCCUUGGGCGAAUCAAGUUCCAGGAACUUCGCGCCAGGAUCGGGAUGGCUCAUAUACCUCACAAGGAGCCACACAAGACUUAG